GUCUGUGGCUACCGCUCCUCGCAGGCCCAAGGGGAACCAUUUUCUGGGCUCGAGACCGAGCUCCGCCCAAGCCGCUCCGCGGCGGGAGCCAGCAGCCCCGAUUCGAUUUUCCCAAACGGCCCCCGCCUGGCCUCGCAGCCCCCCCCCCCGCUGGAGCGGACCCGGCGCGAUGUCCGGGAGGGCGAUGACGCGGUCGCCCCGGAGCCGGCGGCCCGACGAGGGCAAGCCCGUGACCCAGCAGCAGCUGGAGGCCGCCGUGGAUGCUCUGCGCAGGGAGCUCGAGGACAAGCUGGACGCCGCCCUGGCGCGCGCGGCGGCCGGGCAGCCGGGCGCCGCGCCCCCGCCCGGGCGCCCCGCCGCCGGCUCCGCGGCCUCCAAGAGCAGCAGCGCCUCCGGCGGCAGCGGCGGCCGGGUGCUCCCGCCGCUGGCGCUGCCCCCGCCGGGCGACGGGGAGGAGAUCGCCCUCGGCGGGGGCAUGUGGGACGCCGCGGUGCUCAUCGGGUGCCCGCAGGUAGGAGUAGGCGGCUCUGCAUUCACGGCGUUCACGCUCCUGCUCAACAUCGUGGUGCAGGUGACGUUCUGCUUGAUCGUGAACGACAACAUUCACAUGACCCAUCCGGCGAUCGAUUCGACAAC